UAGAGGCAGGGAUUCUGCAAAACAUCCUACAAUGACAAAGAUAGCCUCUAAUAGCCCCCUACAACAAGGAAUUAUCGGGCCCAAAAUGUCAAUGAUGCUCAGGUUGAGAAAUUAUGCUUCGGACCAAUUCUAUUAAGUCAUCAAGAGUCAUACAGAACGUGACCACUUGUUAUCAGCCUGGUCUAAGUCACCAUCAACUCUUGCCUGGAUGACUGCAAUAACCUAACUGUUCCCCUUGAUUCCACCUGCCCUUGAAGUCCUUUCUACACAGCGGUCAGAGUGGUCCUGUUCAAACCUAACUAGAGCAUGACACUCCUCUGUUCAAACUGCUCCAGUGCAUUUUUUAUUUCACUCAGAGAAAAAGCUAAAGUCUUUAGUCACCCACAAGGCCCUGCAUGAUCUGGACCCCGUUUCCUCUCUGCCUCACAUCCUAUCUCUCUUUGCUAUUUCCGGAAUAUGCCAAGCAUCCUCCUGCCUCAGGGGCUUUGCACUGGCUCUUUUCUCUGUCCAAGCACUUCUCCCACAGAUAUUCAUAGGGCUUGCUUCCUCACAUCUUUCAGGUUUCUGCUCAAAUAUCCCCUUAUUGUGAAGUCUUCCCUAACACCUUGUAUAAAAUUGCACACACACACCCCCAUCUCCUUUAUAUCCCUUCAUUUUUCCCCCUUUGGUUAUCACCAUCUGAUUCACUAUACCAAACCAAAAUCAAACCCAGUGCCGUCGAGUUGAUUCUGACUCACAGUCGGAACUAUGACAGAGUAGAACUGCCCCAGAGAGUUUCCAAGGAGCGCCUGGUGGAUGUGAACCGCCGACCUCUUGGUCAGCAGCUGUAGCACUUAACCACUAUGCCACCAGGGUUUCCUGAUUUACUACAGAUUUGUUUAUUAUCUGUGACUCAUCACGCAGCAAAACAUAAGUAACCCCAGGGACUUGGUCUUUUUUGUUCAUUGUUGUAUCUUCAGGCCUACAAUAGUGCCUGGCUCGUAGUAUGUGUUCAAGAAAUGUUUGUCAAAUGAACGAAUUGCUCUGGCAACGAGGAACUGCUUGACAGCUGGAUCUAGAAGAAUCACAUGGUUAGAAUGGGGGGUGGAGCAGAUGCACCAAAGGAAUUGGGGAUUGCGAUCAUAGACAGGGCUGCUGGGAGAAUCAUUGAGGGCUAGGGCCCACCCAGUCCUGUGUGUGCUUGUGUGUGUGCAUGUGUGUGUGUGCAUGUGUGUGUGUGCAUGUGUAUGUGUAUCCCAAUGGCCUUAUAUUUUUACAUACAAAAAGGAAAACAAAACCCGUUGCCAUCGAGUCGAUUCCGACUCAUAGCGACCCUAUGGGACAGAGUAGAACUGCCCCAUAAGGUUUCCAAGAAGCAGCUGUUGGAUUCGAACUGCCAACCUUUCGGUUAGCAGCCAAACGCAUCCAAACCAAACCAAACCCAGUGCCAUUGAGUCGAUUCCGACUCAUAGAGACCCUAUAGGACAGAGUAGAACUGCCCAUUAGAGUUUCCAAGGAGCACCUGGCGGAUCUGAACUGCCGACCCUUUGGUUAGCAGCUGUAGCACUUGACCACUAUGCCACCAGGGUUUCCGCCAAACACGUAUUAUUCCUUUAUUUCUCACAACACCCCCGGUGAAGUAGAUAUUAUUAUUCUCAUUUUACAGUUGGGGAAACUAAGGCACAGAGAGGCUAGGUAGGACAUGAAGUUCACAAAGGGAUUUAGGAAAUAGGUCCGGGACUCAUGUCUUUGGACUGCUUUCCUUUCAUCCCCAUCCUACCAUGUUCACAGCAACUCCUGCCCCUGCUUUUCUCCCCCCUUCCCCAGGAGCUCCCACCUCGUCAACCUGGUGAGAGAAGCCAACCUCAGUUUCUCCUCCCUGCUCCAUCUGCUCCAGGGUGAGCUGUCCAGGGAAGUCCUUGCCUGCCCGCCUGCCUGCCUGCCUGCCUGCCUGCCGGGAGGGUUAACAAGGAGUGUUUGUAGCAGCUGCUGUCUCCAAGGAGAGGAGAAGAAAGCAGAGUGAAGAGACAGGCCGCCACACCAGGCUCCGUGGCCGGUGGGGGGUGGGCGGCAGCCCGCUUGACCUGUCCAGCCCUCAGAGGAGAAAGGAGUGUCCUCACCUCUGUCAUCCUGGGAGGUGGUGAACUCUACAUGGACUGGGCAGCUAGACAGUGAGGUCGCUGCAGGGCCAGCAGGCAGAGAAAGUUCUGGCAGGCACUGAGGAAUGUUGGGGGUUGGGGGCUGGGCCUGGCCAGGCCGCUGAAGCUAGAGGCAAAUAGCAGAGCUGAAAGUCCUGGGCUCAAAGGCUGUGGAAGGGGACCCCCUGAGUCAGGGAGGACGGGGCCAAGACCCAGCAGGUGGCAAGAGUGAAGACCAGCAGUGGGAGAAAGGAGGUGUCUGCCUCUUCACCUGCUGACGGUGGAGCCAUGUUCCAGCCCAGGGGGCUCGGGAGGAGGCCCAGGGUCCAGGGGCCUCCUGUGCGCAGCAUCCGGCCCUUUAAGUCCAGCGAGCAGUACCUAGAGGCCAUGAAGGAGGACCUGGCUGAGUGGCUGCAAGAUCUCUAUGGACUGGACAUAGAUGGGGCCAACUUCCUGCAGGUGCUGGAGACGGGCCUGGUACUGUGCCAGCAUGCCAACACUGUCACUGAGGCUGCCUUGGCCUUCCUGGCUGAGGCACCUGCCCAAGCCCAAAGGAUUCCUAUGCCCCGAGCUGGAGUUUCCUGCAAUGAGGCCGCCCAGCCGGGCACCUUCCAGGCACGGGACAAUGUCUCCAACUUCAUCCAGUGGUGUCGCAAGGAGAUGGGCAUUCAAGAGGUGCUGAUGUUCGAGACCGAGGACCUGGUGCUGCGCAAGAACGUGAAGAACGUGGUACUGUGCUUGCUGGAGGUGGGCCGCCGGGCCUGGCGCUUCGGCGUCGCGGCGCCUACCUUGGUGCAGCUGGAGGAGGAGAUCGACGCCGAGCUGCGGCGGGAGCUGGCGCUGCCCCCGCCCGACCCGCCGCCGCCCGCGCCGCCCGCGCGCAGGGCCUGCCACUUCCGCAACUUGGACCAGAUGGUGCAGAGUCUUGUGAGCCACUGCACAUGCCCCGUUCAGUUCUCCAUGGUCAAGGUGUCCGAGGGGAAGUACCGUGUGGGGGACUCUAACACCCUCAUCUUCAUCAGAAUCCUCCGGAACCACGUGAUGGUGCGUGUGGGUGGUGGCUGGGACACACUUGGCCACUACCUGGACAAACAUGACCCCUGCCGGUGCACGUCCCUCUCACACAAGCCGGGCAGCUUGCUGAAGCCCCCAGCCCCACCGGUGCAGCAUGAAGUGAGGGUGCAGGAUGGGCCCUUGCAGCCCCAGCCCACGAUGACCAUCAGCCGCUCCCAGAGCCCACUGCCCCCUGUGGACUGGAAGACAUACACCUCUUCAGGCCGAAAGCUGAGGCCCCCUCCUUCCUCCUCCCCCAGCCCCUGCAGUGAACGAGGAGCAGGGAUGGGCAUCCUCAGAGAGAUGGCGGCACCCCUGAGGUGCCAGGAGAGGUCACUCACCCCAUCUCAGAGGCAGCUGCCAGCUGGGGACAGCCUAUCCAGCCCUCGAUCCUCAUCCACCCAUAGGGGCCAAGACUCACAGUGUGUGUCCUCAGGGAAGAGGGAAGACAGACACCCCUCUGAACUCCUCAGGGGAAGGACUCUCACCUCUUGGGUCCAUGAGGAGACAGACAGUCGGGGAACUCAUGGCAGGGCCCCUACCCCCCAGAGACUACAAGCCCCCGAAGUGACCACUAAAAGGACACCAGCAAGAGGACCAUCUCCCCUGCCUCGUUCCUCCAGCCCAGUCAAGAACCUGAGCCUCAGGCAGCCACCUCGGGGUAAGGUCAAGGGUGCUUCCCCCCAGCUCAGGGAGUCAGCAAUUGACCAUUCUCCAUCUCCUGUUAAAGGACCCACCAAGAUCCCCACCCGGCUGCCCCCUGCCCGUCCCCCCACUCCAGGAAGAAGUUUUCCAGGUACUGAAAGUGGUGCUCCCAUGACAGAGCUGGAGAGAGGCCCCAUCCCACUAAGGGCUGUGGCUGGGGACAGACACCCAGCUGUGUCCAGCCAUGGGAACUGCGUUGUGGGGACAGGGGAGGGGGACCAGAAGCUGGACCUCCAGGCUGCAGCAGAGGCCAGAGAACCCUGGGGAAAGGCCCCCCAGGAGCAGGAGGGGAGGUACACACCUCUGCCCCUGGGCAGGACCAAGCAGCAAGCCACCUAUCAUAGCCUUGAAGAGGAGAUUCUGGCCAACAUGAAGCUGUUGGAGGCAGGGGGUGCCCGUCCCCUGGGCACAAGGUCUGGGACCAUUCCUCGCAGUGGAGUCUAUGUCCCCAGCCUGGGUGGGCGCUGGCCAGAGCCUACGGAUCCUUAUGACAAAGUCAUUCAAGAAUUGACUCAGGGCCCCCCACCCCUCAUUAAAGUAGACAUGGGAGCCUGGGGGGCAGCCCCUACAGGAUCCCGUAAGUCAGCUGUUACCCCAGACCCAGGAAGCCCAAAAGGGAAGCUGGGAGUCAGAGACAAUGGGCCAAGGACUAAAGCAACCCUGAGUGCCAACGGCACUGGGAUGAGGAAGGUACCAUCCCAAGGAGGGCAGGACUGCUCAGCCCUGACUGUAUCUGCCAGCCCAGAGGUCCCCAUACUUUUGCCCUUGGACCCCAAUUCUGACCAAGCCAAGGCAUGUCCAAACAAGGGCAAGAGAACACUCCGGAAGCCCCAGAGGGUCCCAUCCAUCUACAAGCUGAAGCUAAGGCCCAGAAUCCGGCCCCGGAGGGACCAUAGGCCUGAGAAGCAGCCUUCACGCAUCCCCAAGCCGCUAGCUUACCUCCACCUGGGUCCAGCCAGGGCACCCUCCAGGUGCAGGCUGUCAAAGGCAGCACUAGGCAUCAAGGGAGAAGAGGCACCCCCAGUGGAUGGGGCCUUUGAGGGGGGAAAGGAGGAAGAAGGAAUGGAGAAGAAAGAGUCAGCCACCAUACUGGAGAGCAGCCUUCCACCUCCUGAGGACCUGAGGCCUCAGCAGCUUGACCAAACCCUGCGCCCACCUGAGGAGGAGUCCUGGGUCUAAGGAGGGGCUUUCUCAUCCCUGAGCUGGGGGUAUGCAGGCAGAGGGAAACACAAAGGAUGCCCACGUAGCCAUCGAUUUCCCAGCUACAGGAACAGACGGGAAGGUCCCUCACCUCCAUACAGCACCUUGGCCAGGAGGGGGUCAGAAGACACAUAUAGACUCAGUCUGUUCAUUUGAACAAAGGAGAGAACCAUCACUCUGUGCCAGCUCCAGUUAGGUGAGGGGUGGUGGGGCCGCCCUGUAUCUUUUUUCACCUCCUCCCCCAAGACAUCUCCCCAAACUCCUGUUUUUUGGUUUCUGGCCAUGCUUACCUGUUUCCACAACUCAUAUAAGUUAUUAAAAACAUGUGGGUCUCC